AUGCCUAGCUUAAGACAAAUCUUGGGAGCGGUGGCGGUUGGGUUCGCUACUGUUACUUCCGCCGCACCGGCAUUCCCAAAGCUCGAUCCUCGAACCAUCAGCGCAUACAACGCCAUCUCUGCGAGACAAAACCCAGCAACUGGUUUACCUGAUGGAUUGACGGAUGUUGAUAUCCUCCAAUUUGCGCUCACGUUGGAAUUCCUCGAGACAGCUUUCUACGAGGAGGGAUUCGCGAAAUUCCCCGAGUCGGAUUUCACCGCCUUGGGUCUCCAAGCAGCUGAUAUCACCAACCUGAAGUCCAUCCUAACAUCUGAGCAAACUCAUGUUACCACCUUGUUGUCUGCGAUUUCUGGUGCGGGCGUCAAGCCUGUUGCUCCUUGCAAGUACAAGUUUGGCCUGACUGAUGCGGCCGGCAUGGUUGCUACUGCUGCCAUCUUGGAGAAUGUCGGCGUCUCUGCUUACCUUGGAGCUGCCCCUCUCGUCACCACCCCAUCCAUCCUCUCUGUAGCAGCCUCAAUUGUUACCGUUGAAGCCCGCCAUCAAACAUUCAUCCGCGUCGCCUCAAAGGCGGAGGCAAUCCCCUCACCAUUCGACACUGCUCUCGGUAUCCGCAACGUCUUCACCCUCGCCGCAGGAUUCAUCGAGUCCUGCCCCGAAGGCUCCAACCUCCUCGUCACUCCCUUCCCCGCUGUUACCAUGGGUGCUGCUAGCGCGAACACCAAAGUUCUCGCAGGCCAGAGCCUGGCUCUUGAGUCUAGUGCUAGUGCCGGUGCUACCUUCUGUGCGUUCACCAAUGCUGGCGCACCCGGCGGAACUGCAUUCAGCCCAUUCACCGGCGGUGCUUGCGUCGUGCCACAAAACCUCAAGGGCUUCACUUAUGUCAACCUUGCGAGCGCCGGCCCAGCUACUGGCGUUCUUACUGAUGGCAUUACUCUUGCCGGGCCAAUGGUUAUGCAAGUUUCAUAG